UGACAACCCCGUUAGUCAGAGAGACUUGAAUAAAGGCGAGGAACGGGCCGACGCGCUCCAGGGUGAAACAUCCCGAUUAUUUAACUCUGUUUCGGUUACUGUUGUAAUGGAUUUGGCGCGCAACGCCUCCGCGCUGUCGUCGCAGCAGACCAACCGAAUCGUCUUGUCCGGUGGAAGCGACAGCAACGCGUAUUUGUACAUCGUCAUCGUGGUGUCUUUCUACGGAGUCUUCCUCACUGGCAUCAUGCUCGGUUACCUGCGCACCAAACGGCGCGAGAAGAGGCGCACGAACGCGUUCACGCGGCUUCUGCACGAGGAGGAGCAGCGCGAGUGGGGCGCGAGCCAGAAGAAGCACAGUUUCAGCCUCCCCGCGUUUCCCGCCCUGCGCUCCACGCCGGUGCCUUUCAUGCUGAGCCCCGGACGCUCGCUGGAAAGCGGGAGGAUUCUCUCGCCUCUGGCGUGCGCGCUGUGCUCGGUGGAGCAGAGCAGCGUGAGCUCCCUCAGCUCCGUCGCGGAUGUGCGCUUCACUAUCGAAGAGGAGUCUGACAGCGGCGGACACGAGGAUCCACAGAAAACGGGCUCGGACCACAACAGACACGGAGCAUCCGGGCUCUGAGGUUCCCGCUGCAAACCGUUACGAUGGCAACCAUAGUUCCCGCCGAAAUGCAGUGAUUACAGUUAAUGGUACAACAAAUAAAACUGUUUAAAGUUGGUACAAGACACCGUUGUAAUAAUAAAAGAAAAAAACAAGUAAAGAACGUUUCUAAAAAGGCUUCUUGUACUGUUUUAAGAAAACCCUGUGUUAAUUUAUUGAGGUUUCACAGUUGUAAAUAA